CACCAACUGUGCUCGGCAAGCACGGCACUAGUAACGAUUCGGUCCCUGCUUAAGGAAGCAAGGAACGAUGCUUUCUCGGUUUCAAUCGAGUUUGCGCUGAAUCAGGGGGCUCGACAUCGUAACUUGCCAGCUAUUCAACUCUAUUGAACCCCCUUGGCGAACAUGAGAUAGCCAUAACACUUUCCACACUACUCCACCACCACAACUGGCGCGUCCCACGAAUCUCCAGCGCGUUCACAAGAUGUUGUUCUCGCUCCCCUCUACCCUCGCGAUCCUGACAUACCUCCUACUCUCCUCGCCCACAGCACAUGCAUACAAGCCGCUCUCAGACAGCUUCCUCAAAGCCAUCCCCUCACCCGGCUCCCAUUUCGACCCCGACCACGGCUCCCUCCUCUCACCCAUUCUCAUUCCCCGCGUGCCCGGCACCUCCGGCCAAAUAACCGUCCAACAACAUUUCAGAUCCUACUUCGCGCGCGAACUCCCCAAAUGGGAUGUAUCCUGGCAAAACAGCACGGCCACGACCCCAACCUCGCGUGGCAAAGCGCUGCCCUUCCAGAACCUGAUUUUCAAGCGCGAGCCGCCGUGGGUGAAACCAGGGCAGAGUAAUUUGUUGACGCUGGUUGCGCAUUAUGAUAGCAAGAUAAGUCCAAAGGGGUUUAUCGGCGCCACCGAUUCAGCGGCACCGUGUGCGAUGCUGAUGUGGGUUGCGAAGGUGGUGGAUGGGUAUGUGCAGAGGAUGUACGAUGAGAUGCAAGCCCUAGAGGAAGGGGGGACGGUGGAGAUGGAUAUGGGGAUUCAGAUUUUGUUGUUGGAUGGGGAGGAGGCGUUUCAGCAGUGGACAGAUACGGACAGUCUAUAUGGCGCGAGGAGUCUUGCGGCGGAAUGGGCAGGCGUACGAAACCCCCCGUCCAGCAAGUUCUACCAGUACCGCACGCCUCUAUCCCAGAUUUCGCUAUUCAUGCUGCUCGACCUCCUCGGCAGCGCAGACCCGACCGUGCCUUCAUAUUUCCCCACCACACACUGGGCGUACAAACAUCUUUCCACCAUCGAGACCCGAUUACGAGACCUCAAAAUCCUCGAGUCCAGCCCUAACACACCUUUUCUACCCGACGUCAACAUGACAAUGGCAGGAUAUGGGGGAAUAUCAGAUGACCAUCUGCCGUUUAUACAUCAGGGCGUGGAAGUACUGCAUAUCAUCCCCAGCCCGUUCCCGAAGGUGUGGCAUACGUUGCAGGAUGACGGGGCGCAUUUGGAUGGGAAGACGGUGAGGGAUUGGGCAAGGAUUGUGGCGGGAUUUGUGUUGGAGUGGUUGGAUAUGAUGGAGGUGUGGGAUGGGGAUGAGACUGCGGGUAAGGGCUCAUCUUCAUCCCUGGUAGAGUGAAUGAGGGGUAUAAGAAUUAAAUUCUGGAUAUCUUUUGAUUCAUCAGAGUAGGCUCUUUUCCUCUCGCAUUUCGGCAGCUACUCUACGACAUAUUU